AUGGCGGUGGAUGGCGAGGAUACAGUGAUUGACAAUAAAGAUGGCUGUCGCGUUAGCUACGGUCCGCCUAUGAACGGCGCGACAAUACCUGUUUCACGACGCCGCCGUCUACUCCUCUCGACUGACAGCGCCUUCGCUGAUACCGUGCUUCCCUCGCUGGUUCAAAAUCCAUAUAUCGAGCUGCGCUUGAUCACCGACGAACCCUCUGCUCUGCUGGCCGGCACGAACAAGAUACCGCAUUACAUGGAUACAGUGGAUGGACAAACUUUUGAUAAAAAGACCGGUGCACGGAAAUGGCUCAAGGCAAAAACAGCUGAGCUCUGCGAGUGGGCUGAUAUGCUACUUGUUGCCCCCAUCGAUGCUGGGGCCCUCGGAUCUAUGUUGGCGGGGUUGACCAACACCUUGACCUUGGCACUUUUGCGUGGCUGGGUCUCGACCAAGCCUGUGAUUCUCAUCCCAGGGAUGACUGUCUCAGAAUGGGAUAAUCCCUUGACUCGCCGACAGCUCGAUGAGCUUAGCCGAUAUUGGACAUGGGUCUACAUAGUGAAGCCUGUGCUUUGGAAGUCUAACGGGCCUGAGGAUCUGACAACUUUGCCAUGGGACGGGUUGACAGACCUACAUACUACAAUUGAACUCGCGUUUCAAAUACCCUCGAUGGCUGCGGGUUUGGCUACCGCAUCCUCAGGAAAGGGCAAAUCUACCACGACCCAACAAUCCUCGAAAGUGCCACAAUCAUCGGCAUCUGGCAAUAACAGUGUAUCGGCCUUGAAAGAUAGGCAGACCCACUGGCUAAACUCCGAAACUAAAGCUCGGCCGUGGGAAUUACAAGCCAUCUUCCGGUCCCCCCAAGAAUGGCAAAGCCAUUUAUUGAAAAUGUCCACCCCUGCUUCCCUUGAAUAUACAAUCCUUCGAGGCUCCUUUGCCGCUAUCAAGAAACGUAUCGACGCCCUUCCUCGAUGGAAGCCUUUGUCAGACCUUGCCUGCCAUCUCAUUGUGAAAUUUUCGCGAACCGAUAUCCUCACUUAUCUAACUGAAAAUCACCUGGAUCUUUUAUGUACAACAUCACGCCUCACCAAUAUACCCUAUCGCGCAUCUGCAAUCUACGGCAAUCCGACAGUUUUGACAUGGUGGCGCGAUACGCCUGAUCUUCCCAACAAAGAGCACAUGGCCGAUGCCAUGGACGGCGCAUCCAGAGCUGGGUUCACCCAUGUGCUAGACUGGUGGCUCCAUUCCGGGCUUCCGCUCCGGUACAGCGAACGUGCGCUUGAGUCAGCCAGUGCCGAGGGCCGGGUCGCCGUUCUUGACUGGUGGAAAGCAGCAUCAGCCAAUGCCCCACGCCUCAAGCUUCCAAUGAAAGUUGGGAAAUCCGUUCUUCUCGCAGCGCAAUCUGGUCGCACGGCAUCUUUAGCAUGGUGGGAUGCGUCAGGAAUCCCAUAUAGUCACGCUGAAAACGUUGCCCGGAUUGCUAGUACACAUGGCCAUGUUCACGUGCUCGAUUUCUGGUACCGCCUCAAGGGACCAAAGAUGAUUUUCGACAAUCAAGUCCUUGUCGGUCCAACUAAGAACGGCCACGAUCAUGUUCUACAGUGGUGGAAAGACUGCGGUCUUCGUGUCGAGUUCAAAACCUGCGACAUUGAAGAAGCUCUAGAGGACGCAGUCUCCGGUGCUGACGUCCGCGUCCGCGCCUGGUGGGAACGGAAUGGCCUCAAUCUAGGUCUUGGAACAAGGGAAUGGAUGAAGCCAAAGGUGCUUUAA